CUCAGGACACGCUGAAUAACAACUCUCUGGGGAAAAAGCACAGUUGGCAGGAGCGGGUGUCCCGGUCGUCGUCCCCUCUGAAAACGGGUGAGCAGACCCCUCCCCACGACCACGUUUGCCUGAGUGAUGAGGUCAAUCACCAAAACAGCACAACCUCCACCAAAGACCGGGGCACGUCCACGGAGAGCCCGUGCCGGCGCACAGCAGCCACGCAGAUGGCACCCGCCUGCGUCACCUCAUCCCGGCCACCUGAGAAGCACCAGAACGCCAGCCGUCCCCCACCACACGGUGCCAGCGUGGUGGUGGUGACGUCGAGGGGCCCCGAGGCCCACCGGGACCGCAUCCGCUACCAGACGGAUGUGAGGCUGGAGGCCACAGAGGAGAUCUACCUGACGCCCGUGCAGAAGAACUCGGACCCCCUGGAGACCGACAAGCCCUUCCUCUCUCAGUCCAGCGAGAACCGCAUGUCCAUCAGCUCCGACAUCGACACCUCUGGCUACUCGGCCCUGGCAGGGAAAACCAACCCCUCCAUCAGCGAGGAGGACGAGGUGCUGGACUACAUGUCCUCCCCUGACAAGAUGAACCUGCCCAGGGCCUCUUGCGGUGGUGGGAACAGUGCCUCCCGGCCGGGGCACAACCUUCAGAGAGCCUCGGUGAGUUCGGACACCAGUGCCCUCUCCUACGACUCGGUCAAGUACACGCUGGUGGUGGAUGAGAACGUGCAGCUGGAGCUGGUCAGCCUCAAGCAGUGCUACUCGGGCUACAGCGACGAGAGCGACUCGGCCACCGUCUAUGACAACUGCGUCUCCUCGCCCUACGAGUCGGCCAUCGGCGAGGAGUAUGAGGAGGAUGCACUGAAGCGCGACUCGGUCUGCCUCUCCGAGGACUCCACCCCCGAGGCGGACAUCCACUUCUCCAAGAAGUUCCUCAACGUCUUCAUGAGUGGCCGGGCGCGCUCCUCCAGUGCCGAGUCCUUCGGGUUGUUCUCCUGCAUGAUCAACGGGGAGGAGCAGGAGCAGACCCACCGCGCCGUCUUCAGGUUCGUGCCUCGCCACGCGGAUGAGCUGGAGCUGGAGGUGGAUGAUCCUUUGCUGGUGGAGGUGCAGGCAGAAGAUUAUUGGUACGAAGCCUACAACAUGCGGACGGGCGACCGGGGCAUUUUUCCUGCCUACUACGCUAUCGAAGUCACCAAGGACCCAGACCACGUAACAGCUCUGGCCAAGAGCAACGACUGGGUGGACCAGUUUCGGGUGAAGUUCCUCGGCUCGGUGCAGGUUCCCUAUCACAAGGGCAACGACGUUCUGUGCGCGGCCAUGCAGAAGAUUGCCACCACGCGCCGCCUCACUGUGCACUUUAACCCACCCUCCAGCUGCGUCCUGGAGAUCAGCGUGCGUGGGGUCAAGAUUGCCGUGAAAGCUGAUGACUCCAAGGAGCACAGCAAGGUAAACAAGUGUAGCCAUUUUUUCCAGCUGAAGAACAUUUCCUUUUGUGGGUACCAUCCAAAGAACAACAAGUAUUUUGGGUUCAUCACCAAGCACCCUGCUGACCACAGAUUUGCCUGUCAUGUCUUCGUCUCGGAGGAGUCCACGAAGCCGCUGGCAGAGUCUGUAGGGUGAGUCCUGGCUGGGCACGGAGAGGGGGGGGUGCUUGGUCCCAAAAGGGCAGGAGGAACGAGGUGUCCUGCCAUCUCCCCAUAGGUGUGGGGCUCGGGCUGGCACCUUC